UUUUGUAUGUAGUGGUAUAUUUUCUAGACUUCUAUAUAAAGAAAAAAAGACAAACCAACCAAAUGUCAGUGUUAUUUUGACGUUGGCGGAAAGCGGAAUGUAAAGUACAACAGCAGCAACAAACAGCAGCCUGCAGCAGCAACUGAAAUGAAAUUCCAGCAGUCCAGUGAUACAUGUUGUAAAUUUAAUUUAAUAUGAAUGGUUCAUGUGUUAUCUAAUUGAAUAGAAUAAUCCCAUAAAUUGUUAGUUUGAAAUUUAAGGGAAAGUAUAUAUAUCAAUAAAUAAAAAAACUAUAUACACAAAACGACACCAUGAUGAAUUCAAAGGGAGAUAUUCAAAUUGAUUUAGUACAAGUUAAAAAAGAUAUUCAACGAGGAUUACGAGAGUGUGUAGAUAGAGGUCUUACGCAAACUACUAAAUGGCUUGCCGAGUUAAAUUACGCUUUAAGAGAACAUAAAACUCCUGAUGAACCUAUUGUUUAUGAUGAUGGUAUUGCUACAGAAGAAAAAGAAUCGUACACACUGGCGAAAAGUUACUUUGACUGUGAAGAGUUUGACAGAGCUGCUCACUUCUUGGAAAGCUGUACAAGUCCGAAAUGCGUCUUUCUUCACAAGUAUUCUCAGUACAUGUCAAGUGAAAAGAAACGAUUGGUUGGUACAUGGGAUUCAGUCACUGAAAACACAGAAUCAACCCAAGUAUUGUUAGAUCUGCUUUCUUUCUUCAAGGCUAACCGUAACAAUUUGGACGGGUACCUGUUGUACUUAGAAGGAGUUGUUUUGAAGAAGCUAGAUCUCCGCAGUCAAGCUGUAACUGUACUGCAGGCUUCCUUAGCGGCAGCCCCUACAUUAUGGGCUGCUUGGGUUGAACUGGCUGGCCUUGCCAAUGAGUAUGAGGCUUUGGAUUCUCUGCAAUUGCCCAAGCAUUGGAUGACAUACUUCUUUGCUGCACAUGCGUUUAUUGAGCUGAAGUUAUCAGACCAAGCUUUGGAGGCAUACACAAUGCUGGCAGCAGCUGGAUUUGAGAAAAGCACAUACAUAACUGCACAAAUGGCUAUUGCUCAUCAUGACAGAAGAGAUGUGGAUUCAUCACUAAUGCUGUUCCGCGAGCUGUACCAGAGUGACCCGUACAGACUGGACAACUGGGAUGUUUACUCCCACCUCCUGUACCUUAAGGAAAAGAGAAUGGAGCUGGCUGAUCUCGCUCAGAAGGCUGUGGCCAUAGACAAAUACAGAGUUGAGACUUGCUGUGUCAUAGGUAAUUACUACAGUUUGAGAAGUGAACAUCAGAAGGCGGUGAUCUACUUUCAAAGAGCUCUGUCAUUAGAUCCUCAAUAUUUGUCAGCUUGGAUCCUCAUGGGGCACGAAUUUAUAGAAUUACAGAAUUCUAAUGCAGCCAUUCAGUGUUACAGACAUGCAAUAGAUGUGAACAGGAACGAUUACAGGGCUUGGAACGGCCUAGGCCAGGCAUAUGAAAUUCUUGGUCUGAAUGGCUACUGCAUAUACUAUUACUCGCGGGCCGCACAACUUAAGCCUGACGACUCAAGGAUGUUGGUGUCUCUUGGAGAAGCUUACGAGAAGAUGGACAAGAUACCCAAUGCACUGAAAUGUUAUUAUAAGGCGCAUAGCACAGGCGAUAUAGAGGGCAUGGCUUUAUUCAAAUUGGCUAAGCUCUACGAGAAAUCCAACAUGCCGAACAGCGCUGCGGCGGCGUACACGGCGGCGUGCCAGGACCCCGCGAACUCCGGCAGCAAAGAACUGCCUUCAGCGCAGCGGUACCUCGCGCAGUACUACCUCCGGUUCUCACUGCUGGACCACGCGGCUCACUACGCUUACAAGUGCUUGGAACACGAGAACACCAAAGAAGCUGGUAAAAAUAUUCUCAAAACUAUAUCCGAGAAGCGACUAGCUGUGUCUUCAUCUUCUUCUCAGCAAAUAAGUAUGCCUGAAGAUCCUUCUGAGCCUGGCAAAAAUGUGUCCGGGAUAUUGCCGCAUGAGACACCCAAAACUCCACUGGCAAGCCCUAAUGACACCCCCGACAGCUAUUCUACACCUUUAUUCGCUAGGAAAAAUAACAAAUUCAAAAUGUAAUUCCAAAAACCAAAAAUAAAAUGUAAAUAUAUGUAAGUUACAAUAAACCGUGUAAGCAUUA